AUGCUUAUUGUCAACCUAUUGGCCAUUGUAGGUGGCCGCCUUAUGGGAUUCUGUAAAUUAGCUAAAUCGUUUGAAAUGCUGAUCCUGGGCCGCUUGGUUAUUGGCAUCUUCUGUGGACUCUGCACAGGUUUUGUGCCCAUGUACAUUGGAGAGAUAUCUCCUGCUGCCCUACGGGGUGCCUUUGGUACUCUCAAUCAGCUGGGCAUCGUCAUCGGGAUUCUGGUGGCCCAGGCUAUCUUGAUCUUUGUGGCUUUCUUUGAAGUUGGAACAGGCCCCAUUCCCUGGUUUAUUAUGGCUGAACUCUUCAGCCAGGGACCCCACCCAGCUGCAAUGGCAGUGGCUGGUUGUUCCAACUGGACCUCCAACUUUUUGGUUGGACUGCUCUUCCCCUCAGCUGUAUUCUAUUUAGGAACCUACAUUUUUAUUGUCUUCACUGACUUCCUCGUUAUCUUCUUGGUCUUCACCUUCUUCAAAGUCCCAGAGACCCGUGGCAGGACUUUUGAGGACAUUACACGGGGCUUUGAAGGGCAGGCACAGGAGACCAGUAGAUCUGGGAAAGGCCCCAUUAUGGAGAUGAACAGCAUCCAGCCUGUUAAAGAGUCCACCACCAAUGUCUAAGUCAUGCCUCCUUCCACCUCCCUCCCAGCAUGGAAAAGCAACUGCUCCCUACAUGAGGGAGAGACCUCAUCAGGAUGAAACCAGGACUGCUUCUGAAUGCUGCUGCUUGAUUCCUUUCUCAUCCCACACACUCCACGAGCACUCAGAUUAACCCAGUGCUGGGACUGGAUUUUCACUGGUUUUUAAAAUAUUUCAUUUCAGGCAGGCCCAUAGCUCACUUGGGAGAGUUUGGUGCUGAUAACACCAAG